UGUCUCCCUGUAGAAGAGUUGGAGCGGAGGCACUGGAGGAGGGCUGCAGCGGUGCUCGCAUUGUGCUCUUGCAGUGUCAGUGGCAUCCUGCCUGGGAUGUGGUACAUGUGAUACAGCAUCAGCGCUGCAGCCUUCUUCCUGGGAACUGAUUGCUGGCUGCCUGGCACUCAGCUCUCUUAGUUUGGAAACUGACCCUCCCUCAGCACUUUGGGAGCAGAGCAGGAUAAUAGAUAUAUUUUUAUUUUCCCUUUUCCUUACAAGACUGAGCUGGCAGAGCUCCCAUCAUGGUGGCUGCACACACUGCCCAUUCUACCUCCUCUGCUGAAUGGAUUGCCUGCUUAGAUAAAAGGCCCCUGGAGCGUUCGGGAGAAGAUGUGGACAUUAUAUUUGCACGACUGAAAGAAGUUAAAGCUUUUGAGCGAUUUCACCCAAAUCUCCUUCAGCAGAUCUGCUUUUGUGGAUACUAUGAAAACCUGGAAAAGGGGAUUACGUUGUACCGUCAAGGUGAUAUAGGAACAAGUUGGUAUGCUGUGCUAACAGGAUCACUGGAUGUUAAAGUAUCUGAAACUAAUAACCACCAGGAUGCAGUCGUCAUUUGCACUUUGGGGGUGGGAACGGCUUUUGGCGAAUCCAUAUUGGACAAUACCCCUCGGCAUGCCACCAUCGUCACAAGGGAAAAUAGCGAACUCCUUCGCAUUGAGCAGAAGGAUUUUAAAACCCUUUGGGAGAAAUAUCGGCAGUAUAUGGCUGGCUUCCUGGCUCCACCCUACGGUGUUCUGGAAACCGGAUCUAAUGACAGGCUCUCAGACAAAGAAAAUAUGAAUAGCGCUCUGGGACCAGGAUCCAAAAACUGUAAUAAGACCCCACUCAUUGAAAAUCAAAUCCCGAUACGUCCAGCUAAAACCAUUACAGAGGUAAUGGGAUUUCGCCAAGUGGUGAAGGUUCCAUCAGAAAGAAUACUCAGGGCUGGAAAGACUUUGCGUAAUGCCAUCCUUACUCGGGCGCCCCACAUGAUUAGGGAUCGAAAGUAUCAUCUGAAAACAUACAGGCAGUGCUGUGUGGGAACUGAACUUGUUGACUGGCUUAUGCAGCAAAGCUCAUGCGUUCAUUCUCGGACGCAAGCAGUGGGAAUGUGGCAGGUGUUGCUCGAAGAUGGAGUCCUAAACCAUGUGGACCAGGAAUAUUACUUCCAAGACAAAUACCUGUUUUAUCGGUUUCUUGACGAUGAACACGAGGAUGCACCGAUGCCAACAGAGGAGGAGAAGAAAGAGAGCGACGAGGAGCUGCAGGAUACGUUGCUCUUACUCUCGCAGAUAGGACCCGAUGCACACAUGAGAAUGAUUCUGAGAAAACCACCGGGUCAGAGGAGUGCAGAUGACUUAGAAAUUAUUUUUGAAGAACUUAUUCACAUUAAAGCCUUAUCUCACUUAUCAACAACAGUGAAAAGAGAACUUGCUGGAUUCCUAAUCUUUGAAUCUCAUCCCAAAGCAGGAACUGUGUUAUUUAACCAAGGAGAAGAGGGCACUUCCUGGUACAUCAUCUUGAAAGGAUCUGUCAAUGUUGUCAUCUAUGGAAAGGGAGUUGUUUGUACCCUGCAUGAGGGAGAUGACUUUGGGAAGCUUGCCCUUGUUAACGACGCCCCAAGGGCAGCAUCCAUUGUUUUACGAGAAGACAAUUGUCACUUCCUGCGUGUGGACAAGGAGGACUUCAACCGGAUCCUGCGUGACGUGGAGGCCAACACAGUGAGACUCAAGGAGCACGAUCAAGAUGUCUUGGUACUAGAAAAAAUCCUGGCUGGAUCUCAAGGCUCAGCACAAGGGAACACUCAGUCGCCAUAUAAAUACACUGUGAUGUCAGGAAACCCAGAGAAACUUCUAGAACACUUCCUGGAAACAAUGCGCCUUGAUCCGAGUUUAAAUGAUGCAACAGACACCGCUUUGGACGACUUUAUUCUGAUGCACUGUGUUUUUAUGCCAAAUUCUCAGCUCUGCCCGGCCUUGAUGUCACAUUACCAUGCGCAGCCUUCCCAGGGAACGGAGCAGGAGAAGCUGGAUUACACCCUGAAUAACAAGCGCAGGGUCAUACGGCUGGUUCAGCAGUGGGCCACUCUGUAUGGGGACCUGCUCCGUGAGGAUGAGGUUUCAAUGGCCUUUCUUGAAGAAUUUUAUGUGUCGGUAUCAGAUGACACAAGAACGACUGCAGCCCUGAAGGAGCAGCUACCUGACCUAGAACGAGCCAUCAAGCAAAUAUCUGAGGAUGCAAAGGGGCAACAAAAGAAGCACAAGGUGCUUUUACGGCAAUUCAGCACUGGAGAUGAGAGACUGCAAAAGCGCCAGGCAAUACGGAGUUCCGAUGAACUUCUGUUCAAGGUAUACUGCAUAGACCAUACGUACACCACUAUCCGUGUCGCUGUGGCUGCUUCAGUGAAAGAAGUGCUCUCUGCGGUCGCCGAUAAACUAGGCUCCGGGGACAGCUUGAUACUCGUCAAAAUCAGUUCUGCAGGAGAAAAAGUGGUGCUGAAACCAAAUGAAAUAUCCGUCUUUACAACGCUCAGCGUGAAUGGACGUCUGUUUGCCUGCCCCCGGGACCAGUUCGAUUCUUUGACCCCUCUACCAGAACAAGAGGGGCCUUCCGCUGGAACCAUGUCAACUUUUGAACUCAUGAGCUCUAAAGACUUGGCGUAUCAGAUGACCAUUCAUGACUGGGACCUAUUCAGUUGUGUGCAUGAGCUGGAACUUAUUUACCACACAUUCGGGCGACAGAAUUUCAAAAAGACGACGGCAAAUUUGGACCUCUUCCUGAGACGUUUUAAUGAAAUUCAGUUCUGGGUUGUGACUGAGAUUUGCCUGUGCCCUCAACUCAGCAAGCGCGUUCAACUUCUAAAGAAAUUUAUUAAAAUUGCGGCCCACUGCAAGGAAUAUAAAAAUUUGAACUCGUUCUUUGCUAUUGUCAUGGGGCUGAGUAACGUGGCCGUAAGCCGUCUCUCACUGACAUGGGAGAAACUCCCAAGCAAGUUCAAAAAGAUCUAUGCAGAAUUUGAAAAUUUAAUGGAUCCAUCAAGGAAUCACAGGGCUUACAGGCUCACUGUAGCUAAACUGGACCCUCCAAUCAUUCCAUUUACACCUCUGCUUAUCAAAGAUAUGACUUUUACCCAUGAGGGCAACAAAACCUUCAUUGACAAUUUGGUUAACUUUGAGAAAAUGCGAAUGAUCGCAAACACCUUGAGAACAAUAAGAUACUGCCGAAGCGUCCCUUUCAAUCCUGAUGCCUCUCUUGCCGGCAAAAAUCACCAAGACGUGCGGAAUUAUGUGCGCCAGUUCAACGUGAUUGACAACCAGAGGACACUGUCUCAGAUGUCCCACCGGCUGGAACCACGCCGAGCCUAAACAAUCAAAUAUUCUGGGGGAAACUGUGCAGAUAACACUGGUCAAGCUGAAUGUAACAGAAAAGAUAUAAAAGAUAAAACAUCCUUAUUUCAUUUAAUUUUUAUUUACUACUCCUUUGAUAUUUUGAUAUGGUUUUUUUACUUAUUCUUUGUUGUAUUUAACCCCAGAAUAUGUGUGAGUAAAUGAAUAAUUCCUAUUAAUUAUGUUUAAAGGACAGGCAUAGACUGGAAUUGGUGCUAUACAAUUACUGCGGUUCAGAUCAGAUGGGAAAGUCAUUUCAGAUUAAUCCAGUGUUUUGUGAAACAGUAGAUUAUACACUUAAAGAAACAGGGGAGGAUUAACCUGUAAAAAGCCAAACUGUUCACUCUUAUGUGCCCACCCACAUGCAGUGGCGUAACUACCUGGGGAGCAGUGGGUGCAAUUGCCCAUCCCCCAUGGGAUCCAGUAAUAGGCCUGUAGCGCUACAGCAGGUAGCCUUUUAGAGACCCAGAUUCUGCAGCAAUGAUGUGGCAUAUUCCUGGCAUGGAGGGAAGGCGUAACCUUAGGGUUGUCCCCUGGCUGAUAUUUUGAUGCUUGAUGUCGAUGUUAUUAAUUGAGCAGAAGCUAAAAAAAUAGGAUGGCAUUAAGGUGGCAACCAUAGGCAGUGACAUAACUGGAACUAAAAGUUACUGGGCCCCACAAUAAAUUUAAUUUAGGGUCUCAUUGCUAAGACCAAUUUCACAAAGAUUCACAUUGAAAUUGCCCAUAAAUUAGGGCCUACUAGACCCUUUACACUCCUGGGCCCCUGUUUCCUCUGUACCAUAGAUGCCUGGUGUAAAGGCUGGGCCCCAGUGUGAAUUGUAAUUGUGCACCAGGGCCUGUAAGCCCCAGUAUUAGAAUAGGCAUUUGCUUUGUUCCCCCAAUAUGAGAGGGGAUAUCAGGGAGGAAUAAACACAGAUUAAAGCACAAAGGACAUAUUAUAUUAUGUACAGGGUGGGGGGCGGCUUGGGGAUGGUUCAAAAUGUUGUCAUUUAGGAGCUGCCAGUAUACUGACUAUGGCACACAGUAUGUUUAACUGCUUCUCUCAUCACAUCAACAGAAUGCCCUUGUCUGUUUAUUUGAAAGUGAAAUGUGCUCCCUAUGGCGGACUCUGACUCUAGUCAGACAGAUAUCACUGGGGAAUGCUCAUUUUCUCCUUCUGGAAUGAUCUCUGCCUGACAGCAUUAGGGCUGCUUAGCCAAUGCCUUUCCUAUUCAGAUAAAGGAGAAGUGAGUGAGCCGUAAAUAUUUCUGUAUUGUGAAAUGCCAAUUUCCACAAUAGGGGACUUUGCACCGCUAUCACUACAGCCGAGGAUAAUGGCAGUUUCACAUUUCUAGCAGUCUAAAGCAUUUUAUUUUUUAAAAAAUAUGUUUCAACCAUUUUUUUAAACCAGUUAUUUGCAUAAACAGGAUAAAUGGGGUGCUUCAUGGCGAGUCCCAAGGAUAUUGGCUGAUCAUUAAUAUGCAACCAGACUGGGCAAAAUCCAGCAGAGCUACAUGUGAGUCGAUAGCUGUGAGGCUGUGCACAUAGUCUUAAUGAAUUUGUUCAGACCAAUUGGGCCAUGGUCAAUGCAUAAGACUAAAGACUAGGCACUAAAUGUAAUAUCUUACUUCUUCCUUUCUUUGUUAAAGGUUUUUCCUGACAACAGGGUUAAUAAAUGGGCAUACAGUAUAUUUAAGUGGCUGUUAUCUAUUUUACAGCAUAUUUGCAAUCUCAUUUGCCUCACGUGUAAAGCUGUUUAAAGCAGAGGGCAACUGACAAGGUCAUCAUUUGUUAUCUCUGCCCAGCAGGUCAGCGUGAUUCUACAUUCUAUAAGACUUCCAUAUGUAAUAAAAGGCACUAUGUUUGCCUUCCUGGUGGUUGGUUGCUAUAGGUGAUUACUCCAGUACCAAACUUAGCACCUUUUAAUACAUCUCCCUGCUAAAAAGACCAUGUAGCUCUGGCAGGGAUGAUGCUUCCUGAAGAAUCCUCUUAGCAGUUACAUUUAAAAAGUGCCAGAUGGAUAGUUUAAUAGAAGGUCUAUUUCCCCUUUAAAGGGUAAUGCUGAAAACAUAGAAAACUUGUAAAUAUAUAUAUAUAUAAUUAUAAAUAGCACAAAAUGCACAGACACAUUACACAGUAAGGGAAGGGUGCCCUUCAGCCCUCCUGCUGUUGGCAGCAGCCUGGGGGCGAGAGGUCCCCUCCCCAACAUACAACAUAUCAUAAUUUCUGGGCAUUAAAAUCUGAUUCCUUAAGGGCGAGGACACGUGGGCCAAUUAGUUGCCGGGACUUUUAAAAAACUAGGUCGCGGCGACCAAUCUCUGUGAUUUUAGCUGCCUUAGGUUAAUAUACAAGUCGCCGUGACCAAUCACGCGCUGUUUUUUAAAAAAAAAGUUGUAGCAACUAAUUGCCCCAUGUGUCUUCGCCCUAACUUAACAUUUAUCUGUUGCAGUUUUCCAAAAAAACAAACCCUGACAUUGUGUUGUAUCCUAGAUUUAUGGAAUCUUCCUCACAAUACUUGUUCAUGCAAAUAUUUACUCAUUAUGGGGGGGAAAUGUAUUUAUUUAAUUUUGUUACUUUAUUUAUUUUGUUAUGUAAUGGACAUGGUGCCAAAUUGUUUUACCUUAUUUAUUAAACAGGCAUGCAACUGACAAAGGUUUUUAAUGUUUACUUCUAUGUAUAAAGCAUAAUGAAAAUGUGUGCUUAAAUAUAUAUGUAUACAGUAUAUAUAUACACACACACACCAAAUGUACUUAUUUUUGUGUCCCAAAGCUAUAUUAUUUUAUUGUAAAUAUAUGCUUACAUUCAUAGAUUAAAAUGUCAUUUAAAGAUA